AUGGGGGGGGGGUUCAGAGCAGAAGGCUCGGUCCUCAGGGUUCAGAAGGUUCGGUCCUCAGGAAGGGUCGGUCCUCAGGGUUCCGAAGGGUCGGUCUUCAGGGUUCAGAAGGCUCGGGGUUCCGAAGGCUCGGUGGGUUCCGAAGGCUCGGUCCUCAGGGUUCAGAAGGCUCAGUCCCUUCCGGUUCAGAAGCCUCGGUCUUCAGGGUUCAGAAGGCUCGGUCUUGAGGGUUCAGAAGGCUCGGUCUUCAGGGUUCAGAAGGCUCGGUCCUCAGGGUUCAGAAGGCUCGGUCCUCAAGGUUCAGAAGGCCCGGUCCUCGGGGUUCAGAAUGCUCGGUCCUCUGGGUUCAGGAGGCUCGGUCUUCAGGGUUCAGAAGGCUCGGCCCUCAGGGUUCAGAAGGCUCGGCCCCUCAGGGUUCAGAAGGGUCGGUCCUGA